GGGUUGGUGGGGAGAGGGAGGGAGAGAGAGAGAGAUAUUAAAUGUUGGCUACGGGGGAACAUGACCAAUGCCACAGUUGGGCGGGAGGGUCACUUGAUAGAAGAGAGGAUGCACGCCGCUGCACACGCUACUUUGCCGGGCUAUCACGCGUAAAAGCUACGAAGCGUCUCCAGGCGCACCCACGCACGCACGCUGACCUGACCGGAUGUCUUGUGUGACUCUUGUGUGACUCGUCAUCUCUAUAGAGUAAUGUGAAGUUUCCUGGGGAAGGACGACGACUCCUCUGGCUUUCACCUCGCCGGCACGCAGUCCUCUUGGUUUGUCUGAGCGCCUUUGUCUUGGCCCUGCGGGGAUGGGAACGCGCUUACAUAAGAGAUGGACUUAUGGCCGCUUCACUAAAGUUCACGGCCCUGUGAAGGUCAUGUCAUGGUUCGUGGCCCUUGGGCUCCUGACACUCAUCCUCGUGAGUCAAAAGACUGCGGCCGGACAGACUGUGAACAUCUUCCAAUCGGAGCGGCAAGACUGGUCACUGAACCAUCUCGCCGUGCAUCAAUCCACGGGAGCCCUCUACAUUGGCGCUGUCAACCGGAUAUACAAGCUGUCGGCGAACCUCACGCUCCUGGUGUCCCAUGCCACAGGGCCCGAGUACGACAACAAAGCCUGCUACCCUCCUUUGAUUGUUCAACCCUGCUCGGAGCCCCUCGUCUCUACGGACAAUGUCAACAAGCUGAUGCUCAUCGACUACUCCCAGAACCGGCUCCUGGCGUGCGGCAGCCUCUACCAGGGCAUUUGCAAGCUCAUGAGGCUCGACGACUUGUUCAUCCUCGGGGAGCCCACGCAUAAGAAAGAACAUUACCUGUCCAGCGACACACAGAUGGGGACCAUGUACGGCGUGGUGGUGCCCUCGUUGGGUCAGGAUGCCACCCUGUACAUCGGCACCGCAGUUGGAGGGAAGCAGGACUACUUCCCGACUAUUUCCAGUCGUAAGCUGCCUCGCGACCCGGAAUCCUCUGCCAUGCUCGACUACGAGCUUCACACUGACUUUGUCUCAUCGCUCAUCAAAAUCCCCUCAGACACCCUUGCUCUUGUCCCACAUUUUGACAUCUACUACAUCUAUGGCUUCGAGAGUGGUCAUUUUGUUUACUUCAUGACCGUCCAGCCGGAGACCCCGGAAAAUGGGAUGCCGUCCGGGGGCUCCCUUGGCGACCUGUUCUACACUUCCCGCAUCAUUCGCCUCUGCAAAGGCGACAAGAAGUUCCAUUCCUACGUGUCGCUUCCUGUGGGCUGCGUCCACCGGGGCGAGGAGUACCGUCUGCUACAGGCUGCUUACCUGUCCAAGGCUGGCAGGGUCUUAGCCAAGGAGCUUAACAUUGGCGCCCAGGAUGAUGUGCUCUUUGCAGUGUUCUCCAAGGGCCAGAAGCAGUAUCACGACCCGUCCGACCACUCCGCAUUAUGCGUAUUCACCAUCCAGGACAUCAACACACGCAUCAAGGAGAGGCUGCAGUCUUGCUACCAGGGCGAGGGACACCUGGAGCUGCACUGGCUGCUGGGAAAGGACGUGCAGUGCACCAAGGCGCCUGUCCCCAUUGACGACCACUUCUGCGGCCUGGAUAUAAAUCAGCCUCUGGGGGGUUCCCAGCUGGUGACGGGCCACACGGUUUACUUGGAGAGCCGCGAGAGACUGACCUCGGUCAUCUCCUACACCUAUAAUGGACACAGUGUUGUCUUCCUGGGCACCAAAAAUGGGCGGCUUAAGAAGAUCCGAGUGGACGGUAAACUGGACGCAGGAGUGUUAUACGAGACGGUGACCGUGACCAAGGACCAUGUCCCUGUCCUGCGCGACAUGGCCUUUUCUCUGGACAAGACCUCGCUCUACAUCAUGUCUGACAAUCAGGUGUCCCAGGUUCCCGUGGAGGCCUGCGAGCAGUAUGGAACGUGUGCAGAGUGCCUAAGCUCCGGGGACCCUCACUGCGGUUGGUGUGUCCUGUACAACACGUGUUCAAGAAGGGAUCGCUGCCCGAGGGCAGACGAGGCCUACCGCUUCAACACUGACAUUGACCGCUGCGUGAAGGUCAUCGCUCACCCAGAGAGCAUCGCCGUAUCAGCCCACAGCGUCCCACUGCUGCUGGAGGUGAACAAUGUUCCGGACCUUUCGGUAGGAAUCACCUGUUCCUUUGGGCAGCAGGCCGAGGUGGAAGGACACGUCAAUGGCAACAGGGUCAUGUGUCUGUCCCCGGCAGGGAAGGAGGUCCCGCUGAUACCAGAAGGACGAGAUUGGGCUGGCGUAAAGCUGAGGCUGAACUCCAAAGAGACAGGUCAAAUGGUGGCCAGCACGGAGGUGAAGUUCUACAACUGCAGCACGCACCAUAUGUGUCUGUCCUGUGUAAACAGCACAUUUCUGUGCCACUGGUGUAAAUAUCGCAACAUGUGCACCCAUGACCCGAGCAGCUGUUCUUUCCUGGAGGGCAGAGUCAACGCCUCAGAGGACUGCCCCCAGCUUCUCCACUCCGGGCAAAUCCUCAUCCCGGCUGGCGAGGUGCGACCAAUCACCCUGAGGGCCCGCAAUCUCCCGCAGCCGCAGUCGGGUCAGCGCGGCUACGAGUGUGUGGUGAAGGUGCAGGGUGUCGGCCAUCGCGUCACUGCGCUACGCUUCAACAGCACCAGCGUGCAGUGCCAGAACAGUUCGUACAUGUACGAGGGCGUAAAGAUCAGCGACCUGGCGGUGGAGCUCGCCAUUGUGUGGAAUGGCAAUUUCAUCAUCGACAAUCCCGAGAAGAUUAAAGUGCACCUGUACAAGUGCAGCGCCCAGCGAGACAGCUGCGGCAUGUGCCUGCGGGCAGAGAAGAAGUUCCAGUGCGGCUGGUGCAGCAACGAGGGCAGGUGCACCAUGAAGCGGCACUGUCCGCCCAUAUCGCCGUACGCCAGCCGCUGGCUCGACCUCUCCGCCGCUAAUGUCAAGUGCACCAACCCACGCAUCACCGAGGUGAGCCCAGUUUCUGGACCUCUAGAGGGCGGCACGUUAGUUACCAUCCAGGGCUUGAAUCUUGGGCUGUCCUUCUCCGAGCUGGAGGGUAAUGUGCAGGUGGCGGGAGUCCAGUGCAUCCCACAGGAGGAGGGCUACAUCACUGCUGAACAGAUCGUGUGCGAGAUGGUCGCCGCUCCGAAAGGAAGUGAGCCGGGCCCAGUCAAGCUUUGUGUGGGUGAAUGCAGGCCGGAACUAAGCGCACAGUCCCAGCAGCUCUACUCUUUUGUGACCCCUUCAUUGCUGGUGCUUACCCCAGACAGAGGGCCGGAAUCUGGGGGCACCAAGGUCACUAUUGUCGGAGAAAACCUGGGCGCUGGCAGCUCUGUCACUGUUUACUUUGGCAACCAAACAUGCGAGCUGUACAGGAGGACCACAUCGGAGAUGGUUUGCUUUUCUGCUCCGUCAAUGACCGGAGCAGGGCCGGUGCCAGUCGGUCUGAGGGUGGACCGAGCAAAGGUUCCUGGUAGUCUGUCCUUUGAGUACAUACAAGACCCCACGGUGCAGCGCAUUGAGCCCCUGUGGAGCAUUGCAAGUGGCCACACCACAUUGACGGUGACCGGGACCAACCUGGACGUGGUGCAGGAGCCGCGAAUCCGAGUCAAAUACGCCGGUCACGAAUCUGUCAAUGUGUGCAAAGUGCUGAACACCACCACCAUCAGCUGCUUUGCUCCAUCGCUGCAGUUCGAGUACGACGAUGGCCAAGCAGACAGCGUCAAGCAUGUGGAUGAGUUUGGCUUCGUUUUCAACAAUGUUCAAGCACUGCUCACUUACAGCAACAGCAGCUUUGUCUACUAUCCCAAUCCUUACCUGGAGCCCCUCAGCCUGUCAGGCAUCCUGGAGCAGAAACCGGGCGCUCCCAUAAUCCUAAAGGGUCGCAACCUGGUGCCGAUGGCGUCGGGCAGCGCCCGGUUGAACUACACGGUGUUGAUCGGAGACACGCCCUGCUCCCUCACAGUGUCCGACACCCAGCUACUCUGCGAGCCGCCCAACCUCACCGGACAGCACAAAGUCCUGGUCCAAGUGGGAGGACUUCAUAUCUCUCCAGGAGAAGUCCACAUCCGCUCUGACAGCCUCCUCACACUGCCCGGUAUCAUGAGCAUUACUGCCGGUGGAGGGCUACUGCUGGUGGUGGUCGUCAUCGUCCUGCUCGCCUAUAGACGGAAAUCGCACGAGAACGACCUGACACUGAAGCGGCUGCAGCUGCAGAUGGACAACCUGGAGUCUCGAGUGGCUUUGGAGUGCAAGGAGGCCUUCGCUGAGCUGCAGACUGACAUCAAUGAGCUGACAAGCGAUCUGGACCGGGCCGGCAUCCCCUAUUUGGACUACCGCACUUAUGCAAUGAGGGUUCUCUUCCCUGGCAUUGAUGACCAUCCUGUGCUCAGAGACCUGGAGGUGCCGGGGAGCGGACAGGCGAGUGUGGAGAAAGCCUUGAAGCAGUUUGCGCAGCUGGUGAACAACAAAGUGUUCCUGUUGACGUUUAUCCGCACGCUGGAACUGCAGCGUUCGUUCUCCAUGCGGGACCGGGGCUACGUGGCGUCGCUCAUCAUGACGGCACUACAGGGGCGGCUAGAGUACGCCACUGACAUCCUCAAACAUCUGCUAUCGGACCUGAUAGAGCGCAACCUGGAGAGCAAGAACCACCCCAAGCUGUUGCUUCGCAGAACUGAGUCAGUGGCGGAGAAGAUGCUGACCAACUGGUUUGCCUUCUUGCUCCACAAGUUUCUUAAGGAGUCUGCCGGCGAACCCCUCUUCAUGCUGUUCUGUGCCAUCAAACAGCAAAUGGAGAAGGGACCCAUCGACGCCAUCACUGGCGAGGCGCGUUACUCCCUCAGCGAGGACAAACUCAUCCGACAGCAGACGGAAUAUAAGACGCUGACGCUGAGUUGCGUGAACGCCGACAAUGAGAACAGUCCGGAGAUCGUCGUCAAGGUGCUCAACUGUGACACCAUUACCCAGGUGAAGGAGAAGAUCCUCGAUGCCGUGUACAAGAACAUGCCCUGCUCCCAGCGACCGCAAGCUAACGACAUGGACCUAGAGUGGCGUCAGGGCAGGUCGGCUCGCGUCGUUCUUCAGGAUGAAGACAUCACCACCAAGAUCGAGGGUGAUUGGAAAAGACUCAACACACUCCUUCACUACCAGGUGACAGAUCGCUGCGUGGUGGCGUUGGUGCCCAAACAGAUGUCGUCGUUCAACAUCCCAUGCUCGGCCAGCUUCCCAAGAAGUAUCAGCAGAUAUGGCGUGGACAUCCCCUUCCGCUCCACACCCACCAGCCCCGACAGCCCUCACUCCCGCGUGCCCAUGCUGACACCCGACCUGGAGAGCGGGGUCAAAGUUUGGCACUUGGUCAAGAACCACGAGCACGGAGACCAGAAGGAAGGCGAGCGAGGCAGCAAAAUGGUGUCGGAGAUUUACCUCACCAGGCUCUUGGCGACAAAGGGCACCCUGCAGAAAUUUGUGGAUGACCUGUUCGAGACACUUUUUAGCACCGUGUGCCGGGGCACCGCCCUGCCGCUCGCCAUCAAAUACAUGUUUGACUUUCUGGACGAGCAGGCCGACAGACACGGGAUCUACGACACGGAUGUCCGCCAUACCUGGAAGAGCAACUGCCUUCCCCUGCGCUUCUGGGUGAACGUGAUCAAGAACCCGCAGUUUGUCUUUGACAUUCAUAAGAGCAGCAUCACGGAUGCUUGCCUGUCCGUGGUGGCUCAGACCUUCAUGGACUCGUGCUCCACCUCUGAGCACCGGCUGGGCAAAGACUCGCCCUCCACCAAGCUGCUUUACGCCAAGGACAUCCCGCACUACAAAAGCUGGGUAGAAAGGUACUACGCGGACAUCAACCGCCUGCCUGCCAUCAGUGAUCAGGACAUGAAUGCCUAUCUGGCUGAGCAGGCGCGCCUCCACUCCAGCGAGUUCAAUGUGCUCAGUGCCCUCCACGAGAUCUACAGCUACGUCAGCAAAUACAGCCAGGAGCUCACGGAGGCGCUAGAGCAGGAUGUGCAGGCCAACAAGCAGAAGUUGGCAUAUAAAGUGGAGCAGAUCAUCUCAACCAUGUCUGCUGAGAGCUGAGACGCACGCCAACAUGCAUCCGCACACAUGCUGUACACGCAGACACACAAUACAAGCAUGCGCUGAGGCGGAGAGGAGGAGGUGGAAGAGGAGGAGUAACAAUGCACACGGCAAGUGCACUCACCCAGAGAGACUCGUGUAGGCAUGGAUGCUUGUGAACUUCAUGGACCUAAUACAAAUGACACACACCAAAACGUGCAAACACACUCGAACAGCAGAUCAUCCCAAAAGCGUGACGUUUGAAUUAAACGCCAUGCAUCCAUCGUCUAAAAGUGUUGUACUCCAAGCGGUGGGGGGGUUCAGGGCUUAUGCUUCGUCUCGGAGAGAACCACGCAAAGAAUAACAACUCGUCUCCAAAAGAUCAACAAAUCGAGGCACUCAUGUUGUUGACCAACAAUAGUGAGCUGUCAUGUAACGAAGGGACGUGCGCCACGAUGUUGCCAUAUGAGCAUUAUGCCAACAGCGGGUUUGCCUUCUGUAGUUUAUAUUUAAGUGUGGAUUUUCCAUCUUUCCACACAUGUUCUAUAACGCGUGUCCUCAUGAUCGAGAUGGGUGAGCUGGAGCCUAUCCCAGCGGACUUGGAUGACAGAAAGCGGGUGCCCCCUGGACUGGUCGCCAGCCAAUCAACGGACGCAUAUCGGCAAACCGAUCACAGUCACAUUCCCAAUGAUGAACAUUUUUCAAAUGACACUCAAAUAGUCUUCAAUGACCCAAAUAAGGGGAGGGCAUGCUAACAGCAGACAGGAAGACUGGAGCCAAGAUUCAAACUCUGAAUCUCAGGACUGGGAAGUAGACGUGUCAACCACUAAACUCCGGUGCUGCAGAUUGUAAUUUCAUUCAGGGACAGUUUCCUAAGGCUGUGUUCACUUGCGAUUGAAACAAACGCCGGUACGUUUUUUCUAGUAGUGUGGUUCCAACGCUAGAGUAAUGCAGUGAUUGAUAAACAAGUGGACCAGAAAAAAAAUACUAGAGUGGUUGACAUGAAUUGACCAAGUACAACCAUCCCUCCAUUUUUAAAAGCGCUUAUGCUGUUCGGGGUUGUGGGGAGGUGGAGGCUCCUGCAUCACAGCUGACAUCAGGCAACGGGGAGACUACACCCUGGAAGCCAUCAAUCACAAGAGCCAUAUAGGGACAGACAACCAUUCUCAUUCAAAUUGACAGCAUCGGUAGGAAUCCAACCACAAGUCAGGCAUGUGAACCGCUACACCAUCAUCCAACAUCAACAGCAUGAUCACUCCGAAGGAUACAAUGCAAUACAUGCUGAUUUAUAUAGCGCUUUCACAACAGUGGCAGCUGUAACAAAGCGCUUAACAAAACAAUUAACAUAAAGUAAAAUAAUAAACACAACACAUAACAUAAAACACAGACAGUCGUGGAGUCCUAACCAUUUUUCCGUCACACGCUUAGUUGUUUGAAGCAGUUUGAGAUGAAAGAGGAGAGAAUCAAAGUGUCCUUUAACCAGUGGAUCAGAGACGUCAUGCUCAAAAUGUGCACACGUCGGCUACAAGCUAAGUUUCAAAGGAUGAUAGAAAUUCUUCAAUGAAUCGAAGAAUCCCUGCCUCAAUGCAGUUCAGUUGUCCAUCCAUCCAUUUUCUGAUCCACUUUAUCCUCACAAGGGUCACUGGGGGUGCUGGAGCCUAUUCCAGCCGUCUUCGGGCAGUUGGCGGGGGACACCCUGAACUGCUCGCCAGCCCAUCGCAGGGCACACAGAGACGAACAACCAUCCGCACCUAGGGACAAUUUUGAGUCUUCAAUCAGCCUGCCAUGGAUGUUUUUGGAAUGAGGGAGGAAACCGGAAUACCCAGAGAAAACCUGCGCAGGCACGAGGAGAACAUGCACAUUCCACACAGGAAGGCCGGAAUUGGAAUCGAACUCGGUACGGCUGCACUGUGAGGUCGACGCGCUAACCGGUCCGCAGUUGUAUUUCAUUUUUAGGUCCAAUCCAUUCAUUUGCAUUUCAUCUGGACCAACUGUGUGUUUGUAAACACUUAUUUAGGUACAAUCGCUUUUGACUUUGAUGUGCAAUACAUUUUAAUCGAAUUAUUAAGUACGGAUAUAUUUCUUUUUUUCACCUGUAUUCAAGCACAGUGUUAAUGUUCGUACCAGGAGGAAAGCCACACGAGCAUGCAAAUUCUACACAGGAAGGCCAGAGCAGAGAUUCUAACCAGCGAGGCAGAGAUGCAAAUCACUGCACCGCUGUAUGACCCGCAAAAUGUGCCGCGCAUCAUUUUCUGUUUGGUGAACACAGCCAUACAAACACACUUCAAGAAUAUUCCCACAGUGAGAUUUGCUAUUCACAUUACCCCGUGUCCCUGCAUAAAAAUGCAUUCAGAUGUACGUCAUAGCACUGAAAAAGCAGGAUGUGAGUCGGAUAUGCGGUGAACACUAAUCCACUCGUUGAAGAUAAGUGGAGAACAAAUAGAACGCGUAGAUAAAGUGUUAUUAAUGAUGCAGCAAGGCCCGACAUAUACAGUACUCAUUCUUUCUCCCCGUCUCAUCAGUCAUUGUUUGCAUUGUACUUGAAAUUGCGCUCAAUGUGUGAGACAAGAACACCUGUCACUCUUGUGAAGAUAAUGCGGAAAGAUUAAGUUGAAUGACAGCGCCCAAGUAACCUGGACAAUGAAGCUCGUGAACCUGCUGCAGAGCUUCUAAUUUUGGAGCUCCUGCCGGAUCCAUCUUGAUGGAUGCCACGUGCAGUCGGCUCAUUAGCCGGUCCUUGUAAAUUUGACGUGUUCUGCCGCCUGACUGCACUUCACUCGCUUUGCAUCCUGCCCGUCUCCAUCUUUAAUUGUUUAUUUCACAUCUUUUUAUUUGUACCCGACUGCUGGUUGUCUCUUUUGCUGCUGUCUUUAUGGAGUGCCAUAUCCAAACUUAUCACCAUGAAACUGUCUGCCUGAGGCCUGUUCGGGGUUUCACUUUUGUUCACGAUGCACCAAACUGUGACCAUGGCAAAUGUCUCUGUGUGCUCGAUCACGCCUGUCCAUGGGUUGGGCGCCUUUUAAUUUUGUUGAGCUCCAUUAAUUCAAUUCAAAACAAAAAGAUGAGGGGAAAAAAACCCUCCAUUCCCUGUUUAAUGUUGAAAUAUGACAAAGGACCCAUGUGUUUUAUGUGUGAUUCUACAAGUUAUAAAUGUGUUGUGCAAUACAUUGUCAGAUGUGUUUUUUAACUCUAUAUUAUUGUAUAAAUAUUGUACAUAGAAAACACUCCUAUUUUGCAAGCAAAAGAUUCACUUUUUACCAUUGUUAUAAAUUAAACUGAACAGCUGAAUAUACUCA